GGCCUAAAUUACUAACUUACAUGGCAUUCUUCCAACAGCUCUUAGCAUACACUCACCACUGCUUAAAAUGCGCACCCUGAGGCCCUGCCUCACCUACCCAUCUUUCCAAUCUCAUCUAAUUCCCUUCAGACGCACCUUACUUCUUUCUCCUUGUUCUUCUUAUUUCUUAUUAAACUUCAAACCAAAGCGUUUUCAUGUCCUCAAGCCAUGUUCAUCUCUCAAAGAAACCAAGAAACAGACCCUCAAGAAUUCCACUGGCAUUCCACAGAGCCUGAGAAGGUUUGGUAAUCCCAAGAACGACGGAAAUGACUCUGAUGAAGGCCGUGACAAGCGUUCUGGAGAGGGAGAUUUCGGUUUGGAAGGAGAAACUGCAGCUAAAGGUACCUUUUUGGCAGGUCUUUUUCUUAUUGGCGUUGUUGGCGGGUUCGGGGUAGUUGGGUAUAUCUACAAAGACCAGCUCAAUGCAAUCCUGACGCAGCUUUCAGGUUUCAUUGAAGGUUAUGGCACAGCAGGGUAUGCUUUAUUUGUUGCUGUUUAUGCUGGAUUAGAGGUCCUUGCAAUUCCAGCCAUCCCCUUAACCAUGUCUGCUGGCCUUCUAUUUGGAACUGUAACUGGAACUAUCAUCGUCUCUAUCAGUGGAACGGUGGCAGCAACUGUUGCCUUUCUCAUUGCUAGAUAUUUUGCUCGUGAACGAAUACUUAAAUUGGUUGAAGGAAAUAAGAAAUUUCUAGCCAUUGACAAAGCAAUCGGAGAAAAUGGUUUUCGAGUUGUCACACUUCUCCGUUUGAGUCCUUUGCUGCCUUUUUCUCUAGGGAACUAUCUGUAUGGAUUGACAUCUGUGAAGCUUGUUCCGUAUGUAUUGGGCAGUUGGUUGGGAAUGCUUCCAGGAACGUGGGCUUAUGUCAGUGCUGGAGCAUUUGGCCGAGCAAUCAUUCAAGAAGAAUCUGAUGUUGGACUACCUCGAGGUAACAAUCAGUUACUGACACUUGGACUGGGGCUCUUGGUGACAGCAGUGGCUGCAGCUUAUGUAACUAAGCUUGCCAAAGAUGCUGUAAAAGAUAUUGAGUAGGAACUAGUUCUCACAGACCUAUGAAUAAUUUAAAUGUAAAUUAGACAGGCACAUCAUUGCCAUGUAAUUAAUUAAUUAAUUAAUUGAAGUUUAUAAAGUAUUCGAUUUUGUAGUGUA